CAUUGGAUUUUGGUGCUUCUGCAGCUACCAUGCACGAAAUCUAAAGGUCUCCCUGUCUGUGUGUACCAUAAGAACAACAAUAGUUCAAGGAUGCUCCAUUUCGCUUUCCGUGUGAGAUCAAGUACCCUGGGUUCUUCUGGGCAAGAAUCAAUGGCCUAGAUAGGUUGCUACUUUGGUAAUUGCUAGUAGCAUUACAUGCUAUGGAGACACAGACAGAGAGAGUCAAUACCACCCUGGCCGACGAUUUGUCGCGCGAGACACAAAACCAGCGGUGACAAGAGAGAGAGAGAGAGAGAGAGAGAGAGAGAGAGAGAGAGGGAGAGAUGUAUCACAACACAGAGAACGUGUAUGGACGCGCUGCACAUUGAGUUCUUUCUUUAAGAAAUAAUUUUCUCGCAAAGAUCCCUCCAUUGUAAUCGACUCUCAUCCCUCUCUCUCUCUCUCUCUCGCUCCCCGUCGGGUGGCCUGCCUUCUUUUAGAGCUUGUUCUCACGCCCUCAUACUUCCUGCGCAUCUGCAUUAUCGAUUCCCAGCUAGUUACUCCCUCCCUUUCUCUCAUGAAGAAGCAGCUUAAAGAAUCGCAUAAAUUCCAAUUGCCCAAGUGCUGUCAGCAACCAAGAAGCGGUGGAACGAAGCCUCGAACUGAUUUUACCGAAUCUGUCUGGUCUUCCUCUGGUUCUGAUCUUGAGAGUUUGAUAUGCAACCAAAGCAUGCCCACCGCCAUGACUACUGGAAUCAGUCAGGAAAUUUAUCGUCUUGCACUAGGAUAUGACAAGAAAAUGCAUAAAACCUUUCCCAUUCAUUGUGUCUCGGUGGAUGAAGGGCACAGAGUGCCAUUUGCAAUUUCAUUAGAUUCUCGUGCUGAACUUAGCCCUGUUUCUCGGGAGAAAUUUGUGGACGUUGACACUAUUGGAUUACAGUUACAAGAUCAAGGCGAUCCCUGUGCUGAUUUCUCAUCUGAAAAAUUUGUUUCUACUCCAAUUAAUAAGUCCCAUGGAACUGAUAGCAAGAAUACUCGGGAAAGCGUGGCUUGGGCAAAACUCACUGAGGAUGGAGGAUGGCCUGCAGAAGUGUGUUGUAUAUCUAACCAAUUUGCCUUGAAUAAAAAUGAAACUGUCAACUCAUCCUUGGAUGGAGAUAAAACUAGAUGUAUGCCAACGACUCCAAUCCAAGUCCACGAAUACUCUGUUGUAGCUUCACGGGAUGCGUCCUGUUCAAGCAGAAGCGAGGAUAGUGACCAUGACAAAGGAAGGGGCAAAAGAAAACGCAAGCGAAAAGUGCACUUUGAUGAGACAACACCCCCAGCAAAAUCUAUGAAGGCCUCACGGAGAUUGAAGAUAAUGCGCCAGCUUGGGCUGAUACCUCCGCCUGGCUCCUCAUACGCACACUGACCAUUGAAACUCUAAGCUUGCAUCCUCUUAAAUAUUUUUUUUGCUUUCAUUUUCUGUCUUCUCUGUCUACAAGUGGCUUAGGUGAUAAUCUUGAACCUUAGAUAAUGCCUAUUUGUGUAGUGGAAAAGUUUUGAAUGUCUGCACUCUCUCACGAGCAGUUCAUUCAAUUCUGACAAUUUUUGUGUUUGUUAUUUCUUGACGGAUUCGGUGCAUCUGACAGACGCCUGAGCUGCUGUUAUUUUCUUACUCAAUCUACAUUAUGUAUUAUAUCGAUUUUAUAUCCUUAUAAAAUUCUACUUUGCAUUGGAAAAA